AUGUCUUCCGCAGGGCCUACCGGCAUGAUUCUACAUCAAGGGUUCCCAAAGAUCGAGAAAUUGAAAGAUUCGAACAGUUAUACUGUUGUAAUCAUCGCCAAACAUCGUCUAAGGCCCGCUUUUGUCAGGGUAGCUAAGCUGGCAUUAGAGGCUUGCAAAAAUUGCGCUCUCUUAUUACGAGAGGCGAUGUCGAGUUACCCAGUGUCUACCUUUUUUUAUCAUGGGAAGAAAAACAGGUCACGUGGUUUCGAGGGUUUGCAGUUUUCGCUUUGUGGGGGGAGAGGAGUAAGGGGCUCGACUAAACACUGCGAAAAAUAUCUAAGUAAUGGCCUUUAUGGGCGUCAAACUGUAGCUUGCGCACCCGUAUGCACUAUUCCGAAUGUUUCAGGAAACCCAGCCAUUGUUUUUCUCUCAGAAAGUGGAUUCCUGUUAAUUUUCGCCACUCUUGUACAAACAUGUUUCCUUUGUAAAAUUUGCCACUCGGGAAUCGAACUCCGUUAUGUGUUACCCUGUUUAAACUUGGGCUUCUGGCCAAUCAUAUCGCUUCGUGGCAACAUUUUUUUUGCGAAAAAUAUAUUUUUUUCUGUAACUUGUAGAUUCUCUCAUUUCUCAUACCACUUUUUCUCCCACUCAAACCAACUUUUUCUCCACCAAUCCCUGGUGUCAUUCCGUACGUUCACGGGUUUAAGUUACAGUUGUCAAGGCUAA